GGCUUUGUGCCUUACCAGAGCCGGUAAGGGAGGUGUGGGGGUGUACGUGUGUGGUAGUUUGCAAGUAGUUACCAGGACGUGCAGAGGUCAGAGCUAAAGAGGACACAAUUUUGGGACUCUCUUACUUCGGAGUCCUCUGUCCAUUUCUGUGGUGGUUUGUGUCUCUUUCUCUCCCUCGGAGGCUGCACAGGACAAAUCAUCCACUUACAUGCGCAAAACAUGCAUCCAAGAACGGAUAUCUAUUGAAAGUGUGAUGUCUACGGGGGCCGGUAAUUCUACAGGAAAUGGAGGAGAAUCCACAGUUACAUUUGAAAAUGUAAAUGUCUAGAAAGAAAGUGACCGUCUCAGGAUGCAGCCCAAGAUGGAGGAUAUGGAUCUCCAGAGGGCCAUAGCAAACGCUCAGCCACAGCUGGUGGAGUCCCUGAGUCAUACCCCUGAGUGGCUGCUUAUGAAAGCCAAACGUUUCCUCCCUCACAUGGACCUGAGCCACGUGGAUGGAAUCACUGACCGCAAAAAGAAGGUCUUGUUGCUCCUUGACGCACUUGAGAAUGCAGGGCCGAUCAUUUGGAAGCAGUUUAUCCAGUGCGUCUGCAUGGAAGGCAACCUCCCCAUGGACCUGGAGAUACAACUCAUGAGUGCGUCAGGAGAAGGUAAUUUAAACCAGGAACAAGAAGCCUUUGCAGAAGCUCCUUCUCAGUCUCCUUCUCAACCUACAGGACUUGAAAGACGUCGUCAUGGAAGCAAUUCUCAUCCCAAUGGUAAAGAGUCUAAACAGCAACGAUUAGAUUCAGCUGAAAGGUACCGGCAUCUCAUCAUUGCUUCAAUGUGCCAAAGGUAUGGAAAUGAGAGAGCAGCAGGAGCAGCUGUCCUGGGAAAAGUACAGACACCAGCUUUCAGCCAAGCCUUCGUCAACCUAGUCAUCCGGCAGAGUAAAGCUUCCCGACUAAAGGAGAGAGCAGAUAAACCCAGAGAGGACUUGGCAGGCAUGCAGGAAGCAGAGGAAUGUGUGGACACGGCUGUGAAAGUCUCAGACCUGUUUGAAAGUGUCGUUAGCUCGGGUACCACCAAGGUUAUCCUUUUGUUUGGCAAACCGGGGAUGGGAAAGACCAUGCUGAUGCAUAGGCUUUGCCAGAAGUGGGCAGAAGGAGCCUUGCAUCAAUUUCUGUUUACUUUUCUCUUUGAGUUUAGGCAGCUGAAUCUGAUCAGUAGAAAGCUGACUUUAAAGGAGCUUUUGUUUGACUUGCUCCUUCAGCCAGAAGAUUGCCCUGAUGCAGUAUUUCAGCACCUCCUGGAGAACGCCCAGCGCAUAUUGUUCAUCUUUGAUGGGCUGGAUGAAUUUGUGGGGAACAUAAGCCAGCCAUCCUCGCCUUGUUUAAGCCCUGCCCUCCACAGGCCUAUGUCCAUAUCAGAGCUGUUUGCCAAUUUCUGCUUUGGAAAACUUCUCCCUGGGUGCACGGUGCUGGUCACCAGUCGGCCUAAGAAAUUACCUGACUUUCUGUUAAACAGAGCAGAUCUGCUGGCAGAAAUUUGGGGAUUUGACCGCGAGAAGGUUGAAGAGUAUGUCAGCCACUAUUUCCACCAACAUUCCUUCAAAGAGCAGGCCAUUGCUCACCUGAAAAACAACAGCAAGCUUCUGAGCAUGUGCUUGAUCCCUGCCUUGUGCUGCAUCGUCUGCGUCUGUUUGGAAUAUUUGCUGAGGAAGCGUUUGUCAAAGGUGGAGCUUCCUCAGACCAUGACCCAAUUUUAUAUCAAAAUGCUCCUCAUCUUUAUAAGUAAGCAGCAGACAGAGGGCACUAUGAGUGAAGACACGCAGCUGAAUAACCACAGGACGGCCAUUUUGGGCCUGUGUGACCUUGCACUGAAAGGUCUGGAAGAGAAGAAGCUUGUGUUUUAUGUCGAUGAUAUCCCAGAGCAUGUGAAAGAGUUUGCUUCCCUACAUGGGUUGCUGACUGUCUUUGAGGUCAAGAGGAGUGACAGCCUCCCAGAGGCCGGCCAUGCCUUUGUGCACUUGAGUCUUCAAGAAUUCUUUGCCGCUCUGAACCUGAUGAUAAAUAACGCAGUUGACGGAAACUACCUGAAGAAAAAGUUCUCUCUGAAGUCAAAGUGGACUUUAAAAAAUGAAGCCAGGACCGAAUUCAUGGAGAAUUUUCACACCUUUCUCUCAGGCCUCUCGUCGAAAGAGUGUAGGACGUUCCUCACCCUGCUAGCUGAACGAAAUCAGGCGUGGGUGCGGGACAAGCAAGCCGCCAUCUUGCAGUCAUUGAAGAAGCUGGCAGCUACUCAUCUAACGGGGCCCAAGAUAAUUGAGCUGUGCCAUUGCGCCUAUGAAACACAAGACCUUGAAUUAGCCAAGCAUGUCGGGAGCCAGUUAAAUUUCAAGUAUGAAUUUAGAAACUUUAGAUUGACACCUCUAGAUGUUUCAGCUUUGGUUUUCAUCAUUAACUGUGGCCGGGAUUUGACUCACUUGGAUUUUGCAGGCUGCCCCAUGGAAUUAGAUUGUCUGGAGGUUCUAGCCAGCUGUAAAAAUAUAGAGCACCUGAGCUUUAGGAGCAGGAAAUAUGGUGACGAAUUUGCAGCUGCUCUUUCCAAAAGCUUGCCGAAGAUCAAGAGUCUGAAGAAACUAGAAUUAACUGGUGGUAGCAUCACUGCCCUGGGGCUAACUGGCCUGGCACAAGUCUUUCCAAACUGCCUUCAGCUUGAAGAAAUAAACUUGCAAGACAAUCGACUGAGGGACCAAGACAUGGGGAAGAUGAUUGAAAUGCUUUCCAGAGUGGAAAAGUUAAAGAUGAUUGAUUUAAGCCAUAAUGAUAUUUCGGUGAAGUCUGUUCUUACUUUGGCGAAGGGAGCCACUACUUGUCCAAAUGUUACUGAACUACAUAUAAGGAAGGACACCAUCAUGAUAUAUUUUUCUGGCCAGUCCAGAAAAGUCCCAAGAUCACCAAAUCUGAGGAGAAGGGAACAUAAAAAGGAAAAUGCUACUCAAAUAAGAAAUAUGAAGUUACGAUUACAGGACUGCAGCCUCAAUUCACAACAUGCAGUGGAGAUUGCUGCUCUUCUCAGGGACUGCGCCCACUUCUUGGAAGUGGAUUUAUCAGGUAACCAACUCGGUGAUGAAGGCUGCAGAGAGCUGGUGGAGAGUCUCCCCGAAGUACAUAUUUCCGAACGGUUGAAUGUCAGUAACAACCAGAUAUCUGUGGACGGUGUUUGCUGUCUGUUGAAUGCCGUGAACACCUGCUUGAAUGUGGUGGAGUUUGAAGCCAGCCUUCAUCAUCAGACUGCAAUCCUGAAGUUUAUAGGAGAUAAAGAAUUUCCUUCUACCCUUUCCAGGGAUACCUCUCGUAGUGGAGACCAGUCAGGUGGAGGUGAGAGCCAGAAGUCUGUGGUCUCAAGGAAAAUAAGGCUGACAGACAGUGGUUUCCCCCCCAGCGAUCUGGACAAGUUGUGCACUGUGUUGAAGAAAUGUAGCAGCGUAUCAGAGCUCGAUUUGUCAAAUAACUCUCUGGGAGACCAGGGAGUCGGGAAGCUGGUUGGACUCCUUCCGGAGCUGAAGGCAGUGAGUUUCCUAAAGCUGAGUGGCAAUCAGAUAUCCUUGAGUGCUGUGUUUGGCUUAGCUCAGUGCUUAUCGACACUGGAACACAUUAAAUCAAUAGACAUCAGCCUGGGAAACGUUCAGUCAGUCCAUUUAAUCUUCUGGGAAAGUGUCAGGAACAGCCGUACCAGAUCUGCAGGAAAGUUCCCGGCUCAUCCACAACAGUUAGAGAACGACCAUUGCUUUCGUCUUAGGGAAUGCACCGUGAGUCCCAAGGACAUGGACAGGCUCUGCCAGAUCCUUGAAAAAUGCACAGGACUAACAGAACUUGAAUUAUCUAGAAAUGCACUGAGUGAUCAAAGCAUUGAAAGGCUGCUAAUGUCCCUACCAAGUUUGCACGGUCUGAAGCUACUGAGUAUUAGGAAUAACAAAUUUUCACCAAAUUGCACUCUCUUACUGGCCAACUCCCUCAACCUGUGUGAGCGAAUCAGAGAAGUAGAAGUCAGAUCAAGCGAAAAUGCUUUUUUGCAUUUGGCGGGGAGGAUAGAAAGCCAAGAAACAUCCUGCAGGCUAACUGACUGCAGCAUCGGUCAGAACGAGGUUGAGGAACUCUGCCGAAUCCUUGAACAAUGUGGCCGUCUUGCAGAACUGGAUCUCUCUGGGAAUCAGCUCGGCAACGAGGGGCUGAGACGCCUCUUGGAUCACUUGCUCCAAAUGCAUGUUUCCCGCUUGCUGAACCUCAGCCAUAACAAAAUAUCUCAGGAUGGCGUUCUGCAUCUAAUCAACACCCUCUCCACGUGCAGAGAUGUAACAGAAGUUCAAGUCAGUUUGUGCUCCAAGGCAACGUCACUCAUCAAGUUCACAAGAGAAGAUGAACCAAGGAAGAUUUUGAGACUAACGGAGUGCAACUUUCAACCAGAACACCUGCCAAAGCUGUUCUCUCUACUGCAAAAGUGCACCAACCUGACGGCGUACAUAUCAACAAACAACAACAUGACAACCAAUGCAGUGGAAGAUCUCUUGCGGGCACUGAGGAAAAGUCUGGGAACGCUGCGAAUAAGCAUUGAAGAGCCAUGGGUGCGGAAUGAAAGUGUCGCUAGCCUUCUGCAGAUGGCCGUCCAACCCCACGGGAAUGUUACAGAGAUCACGAUAUCAAAAGACAGAGGUCUCCUUCAAGUGGGCGUGGGGUUCCCCUGUCGAACGGAGAAGAUGGAGUCUGUGGUUAGCAGGUUGAACCAGUGCAGGCUGGAAGCAAAGCACAUUCACUUUCUCCAGAGGGUUACUGAGAAAUGCACGCAGCUUCAGGAACUGAGCUGGUCUCAUAUUGAUCUCAACGAUGCUGAAGAAGCAAUGCUAGCCAGUGCGCUUCUGACUUUUCCAACGCUGAGGAAGUUUGAGCUGAUGUCCAGCAGUGUUACGCCAAGCGGAAUGGGACACCUGGUUGCAGGGUUGCAGCAAUGCCAUGCUAUUGAAGAGCUUAACCUCGGCUCCCUGGGACUUGAUGACACGGCCAUUCGCAUGCUGGUGCCAGGACUUCACAAAAUGCCUUUACUGAAAAGACUCCUCUUGAACAAUAACAGUAUUGGUAAUGAAGGCUGCUCCCACCUGGCAGAAGCUCUGAAGAAUGCUCCUCAUAUGGAAGAAAUCAAUUUAAGCCAUAACAAGAUUGAACAUGUUGGUCUGGAAAAAAUAGCCACGCUCCUGCCGGAAAUGCAAAAUCUAAAGAGAGUCAACCUGUCGUCGAACAGUAUUGGCCCAGCUGGAGGGGAGACGCUCGCGGAGGCUCUGGCUCACUGCAGGCAUGUCGAGGAGUUACUAUUAGCUAGGAACCAUGUGGGAGACAAGACGGCCGCGAGACUCUCCCUCUCUCUGCCGAGCAUGGGCCACUUGAAGAUCCUUCAUCUGCAGUCCAAUAACGUUGGUUCACUUGGAGGAACACCGCUGGCCAAAGGCCUGGUUGAAUGCCAGCAGCUAGAAGAGAUAAAUUUGUCAGAGAACAGCUUUGGGGAAGGCGCCCUCCGCACCCUGUCACAGGGGCUUCCACGGUUCACCCGGCUCAGGAAGAUUGAACUGAAAUUCUGUGGAAUCAGCGAUGGCGUUUCCAAACACCUUGCCCUCGGCUUCAGUCGUUGUCCCGUCAUUGAAGACGUCAUAUUGUCGUGGAACAGCCUUGGUGAUGAAGGUGCCCUGGAGCUGGCCACGGUUCUCCCGAGAAUGGCAAGGCUGAGGAUGCUAGAUCUGGACAAAAACCGCAUUGCAGCCCGGGGUGCCAAAAAGCUAGCGGAGGAGCUCGCCAAGUGUUGUGGAAUUCAAGUCAUCCGGCUUUGGAGCAAUCCAGUACCCAAGAACAUUGAAGAAAGUCUUACGAAGCAAGAUGCAAGAUUGCAUUUCUCAUUCUUUUGAUAAAGGAAGAACAGCAAAUGAGUAAGAACUGAUUUGGUAGGGCAGGUUACCCUGGGGAAUUGCACCGAAGAGGAGCCGAGAGAAACUGAAAAAGCAGUAUUCUAAAAAUAAACACUGCAAGCAUGUAGCGUUCUUGCCCUGCUCUCAGAACACACAGGUUUUCUUUAUCUGUAACUCGAAUAACUAUUAUAUAAACUGCAAACUCAGCUUCCUCUAAGGAGUUCUAAGGUUACUCCCUGCAAGCCCUCUCUGUUCCUCACCUUAGUUCCCUUCUACCUCAAAGGGAGAUUUAAUUGUUUAUACUCCUGGGUUGAAGCCAAUAAGAUCCACUGGGUCUGGCAAUCGGGGUGAGUCAGAAGGAUAGCUCUGUAUCUUUAUACAGGACCAUAACACCUGGUACCAGGGUGAGUCAGAAGGACUCUGCAUCUCAGUGUAGGGAGCUAGAACCUGACACCCUAUUGCAAAUAUUCUCCCAUGUGUUGUUUGAAUAUGGUGUAUGUUUCCCUCAGACCGGUAUCACUUCUAAGGCUGGGCAAAAUAGUCACAACAAACUGGGGACCGCUUGGGAUUUUGUUUUGAUUCUGCACACUCCCUGAAAGAGCACAAGAACAAAUCCGCACAGACACACCCCUGGAACCCCGACCUGGGAUAUUCUAUCUGCUACCCAAGAUCCACAAACCUGGAAAUCCUGGACGCCCCAUCAUCUCAGGCAUUGGCACCCUGACAGCAGGAUUGUCUGGCUAUGUAGACUCCCUCCUCAGGCCCUACGCUACCAGCACUCCCAGCUAUCUUCGAGACACCACUGACUUCCUGAGGAAACUACAAUCCAUCGGUGAUCUUCCUGAAAACACCAUCCUGGCCACAAUGGAUGUAGAAGCCCUCUACACCAACAUUCCACACAAAGAUGGACUACAAGCCAUCAGGAACACUAUCCCCGAUAAUGUCACGGCUAACCUGGUGGCUGAACUUUGUGACUUUGUCCUCACCCAUAACUAUUUCACAUUUGGGGACAAUGUAUACCUUCAAAUCAGCGGCACUGCUAUGGGUACCCGCAUGACCCCAUAGUAUGCCAACAUUUUUAUGGCUGACUUAGAACAACGCUUCCUCAGCUCUCGUCCCCUAAUGCCCCUACUCUACUUGUGCUACAUUGAUGACAUCUUCAUCAUCUGGACCCAUGACAAAGAAGCCCUUGAGGAAUUCCACCAUGAUUUCAACAAUUUCCAUCCUACCAUCAACCUCAGCCUGGACCAGUCCACACAAGAGAUCCACUUCCUGGACACUACCGUGCUAAUAAGCGAUGGUCACAUAAACACCACCCUAUACCGGAAACCUACAGACUGCUAUGCCUACCUACAUGCCUCCAGCUUUCAUCCAGACCACACCACACGAUCCAUUGUCUACAGCCAAGCUCUACGAUACAACGACAUUUGCUCCAACCCCACAGACAGAGACAAACACCUACAAGAUCUCUAUCAAGCGUUCUCACAACUACAAUACCCACCUGCUGAAGAGAAGAAACAGAUUGACAAAGCCAGAUUUUCCACUGAAUGCAUCCAAUGAAGUGAGCUGUAGCUCCCGAAAGCUUAUGCUCAAAUAAAUUGGUUAGUCUCUCAGGUGGCACAAGUCCUCCUGUUCUUUUUGCGAAUACAGACUAACACGGCUGCUACUCUGAAACCUGUCGUUACUGUGUGGACCUCAGCGUGCUGUCAAGCAAACAAAGAUCAAUCUUCACAUUUUGAUCACGUAAAGAUCACGGCUCAAUGAGAAAAUAGCCCUUUCAGAAUGAGCAAAGUCUGGAGGCUGCAAAAUGGCGUAGAACAAAAUGGUGAAUACUGUGUGUGAGGUAUUUCAAGGUGGGGCCAGGAGAAAGACGUUCCCUAUUUUCAUCCUGCUUUCAUUGUUUUGUUGGGCUUGGAAUGCUACAUGGGGCCCUAUAUUUGAAGUUGCACUACCCUGCUUGACGUGUGGUCUUCGAUGCAAUGCUGCAGUCGCUCCGUGGGCCCAAGCCUGCGAUCUGAUCUGUGUGAGCGUGUAGUCAAAGGGUCUGGCCAUGCAUAUCCAAUUGCAGGAUUGGAGCCAUGCGGAGCGCCUUAUUUAUACCCAUUCAUUGCCAUGUGGGUGACUUGUAUGUUUGGUACUGUAAAUAUUUAACCUCUGAAAUGGAUUUAUUUAUCGACUUGUUUACAGCAGUGGUUUGGAUUGGGCGCUGCAUUCUGUUCUGUUCAAAGAGGCACCGUUAGCGAUAACGAGUGCUGAUAAGUGAAGAGCACAUGUACUGCUGGAUCCCACUGUUCCAUGAAGUAUGAGCAGUGAUUGUUUUUACUGAAAGAUCAGUGUUAAGUUUCCCAAGGUGCAUAUUUGGUUUUAAUUUAUAUGACUCUUUUGGCUGCAAAGUGGUUAUGCUCUGAAAAGGGAUGGGGCGGGGAGCCCAAAAUCACCACUGAGCUUCCAUAUUUAGGUCCAAAUUCAGUAACGCGCUUGAGCUUAUGUGAUUUGAGCAUGCGCUCAAAGUUAAGCACGUACUUUGGUGGAUCUGGGUUGUAUUUCCUUUCUAUAUUUCCAGAUGUAAUUUGCUUAGUUUACAAGUGAAAAUAGGAUUUUUUUAACUGCCAGCCCAGCAAACUGCAAAUGGAUGGCUCCUCGUGAUCUGCUGUGGUCACUGAACCCAAGAAGCAUCUGUGAGUUUGAGUUCUGCCCUUAGCAGGUUGCUGAGAACAUGUGUGGGACACAUUAAUUGUUCUCUGCCUACACGGUCUCUCCCAGAAGUUUAGGCGAUCAGAUUAGCUGAUUCUAAUGGUCCCUUCUGGCCUGAAAAUCUAUGACACUCGGGCUGGGAACCUAAACGUCAAGUUGGUUUCUUCCUGCAUUUUAAACCAGCAUUGGCUGCUUUGUGCACUGAAUUGUGAUCAUAGUUUUGUCACCUUCAAAAACAGCUAUUGCAGAAGUUCUCUGCUUUUAUCACCCACUCAGUAAAACAAAAAUUCUAGAAACAAAUUAUAGCACUUGUAAAAGCAGAUUUCUUUGCCUCUUUUAUCGUCUUAUUGAUAACACUGUAACUUCUACAUUUGGAUAGUGGGUCAGAUUCUACUCGUUUAUUUUCCUCUUUCAUUGGUUGGAAACAUUCACUGUUGCACAAAUUUUUAUGCCUUUUAAUGAGAGCAUAUGUGUGAUUAUUGAAUAAAUAAGAGCACCUGGGAUUCUGAAA